AUGAUGCAGGAAAUGAGCCAAUCCGAGCUCAAGGCCGAGCGAAAGCGGGCAAAGUCUCGCACUGUCCGCCCGCCCCAGCCCGUGUUCGAUGAGAAUGGCUAUCAGGCGAUCGAUCUCCAUGUCGUCGAGUACGGUGACUCGCGCACAAUCGACAACGUAGACCUGGAGCGGGGCGACGGGGCGCAGGGUCAGCAGGCCGGUAACCAGGCGGGAUACACCGGUACGCUGAUGAAUUACUGCAAGGGCAACAUCGGGACCGGGUGCUACGCGAUGGGUGAAGCGUUCCGGAACGGAGGGUUGCUCAUGGGCCCGCUCCUGACGAUCGUCAUCGGGCUGAUCUCGCUCCACUGUCAGCACAUCGUGCUGGAGUGCACCGAGCUGAUGGAGGCGAAGUUGGCCGAAGAGCGGGCCAAAAGGGGCCACUCGGCCAUCGAGGAGCGACAGCUAACGUUUGCGGAAACGGUCGGCUACUGUUUCCAGUACGGACCGGAACGUUUCCGCCCGUGGGCCAACACCAUGCGCCACACCGUGAACGUGUUCACGUGCGUGACGCAGCUCGGGUUCUGCUGCAUCUACUACGUCUUCAUCGGAUCCAGCAUGAAGCAGAUCGCCGAUUACUGUGGGAUGCACCUUCCCACCGGAACCCAUUUGGCGCUGCUGCUCAUCCUGCUCAUUCCGCUGUGCCUCAUCACCAAGCUGAACCGCCUGACACCGUUCUCGGCCGUCGCGAACGUACUGAUGGGAUUGGGCGUUGCUGUUUGCUUCUACUACGCCCUGAAGGACCCGCUACCGGAUGGUGCGCUGACCGAGCGUGCGUUGGUCGCUGAACCGGAUCGUAUUCCGCCGUUUUUCAGCACCGUCAUCUUCGCGUUCGAGGGCGUCUCGCUGGUGCUGCCGCUGAAGAAUGGGAUGCGCCGGCCGCAGGACUUUGGGCGGACGAGCGGUGUCCUUAACGUCGGUACAGCGUUCAUCGUCGUGCUGUACGUCGCCUUGGGUUUCGUGGGGUAUCUGCGGUGGGGCGACGAGGUACAGGGCAGCAUGACACUCAACCUACCGGACGGUGAACUGCUGGCCGAAACGGUGAAGCUAUGUAUAGCGUCCGGCGUGCUGCUCGGUUUCGCCCUUCAGCUGUACAUUGCCGUUGAGGUGUUGUGGCCAUUGGUGCAGCGCUAUUUGCCCAUCGUCAACAAGCAGCCCACCAUCUGUGAGAUGAUUUUACGGACACUGUUAGUGCUGAUGAUCUCUUUCAUUGGCACGUUCGUCCCUCACUUGGGGCUCUUCAUUUCGCUAAUGGGUGCACUCUGCUCGACGGUUAUGGGUCUCAUCUUUCCUGCGAUCAUCAGCUUGAUUGUGGCUUACUCGAACCCGAACGUGCGUCCCGGCGGCUGGCUGCUGGCCAAGAACAUCGGUAUUCUGCUGCUGGGCGUUGUUGGAUUCGCUUGCGGUACCUACGUGAGCAUCAGGCAAAUCAUGAACUGA